AUGCCCGCGUUCACUGCCAACGACAUCCCUGAUCUUCGUGAUCAGGUCAUUAUCGUGACUGGAGGAAAUGUUGGCCUGGGCUUCGAGACGAUACGACAGCUCAGCAAACAUAACCCAGCCCGAAUCUACCUUGCGGCUCGAUCCAAAGACAAAGCCGAAAAGGCCAUCCAAACGCUCAAGGAAGAAAACCCCAAGGCGACGAACAUUACCUUCCUCAAGCUCGACCUGGCAUCUUUCGACAGCGUCAAGGCUGCAGCGGCCGACUUCCUGAGCAAAGAAUCCAGGUUGGACAUACUCGUCAACAAUGCUGGCAUUAUGAUGACUCCCGAGGGUCUGUCGACGGAAGGAUACGAGAUUCAGUUUGGAACCAAUGUCAUGGGCCCGGCGCUGUUUACUCAGCUUUUGCUCCCUAUUAUAAGGGAAACUGCCAAGGUUAAUCGAGAGACACGCGUUGUCAUGCUUUCCUCAGCUGCGCAUGCCCGAGCACCGAGCGAUAUCUACAACUUUGACGAAAUCCGAACAACGAUGCCCCACCGAGCCACUACCCAGCGAUAUACGAUAUCAAAGCUUGCCGACCUUCAUUGUGCCAAGGCUUUGGCAGAACGAGAGAAACAGGCCAAGAUCAUACCAGUUCACCCAAGCAUGCCUUUCCUAUACGCAGCCAUCUUCUUCGCAACACCGCUGGAAAAGGGCGCCCUAUCACAGAUCUGGGCGACUGCGAGCCCCGACGCCAAGAGCGGACAAUACUACGGACCUAUUGCCAAAGCCGAGUCUGGAUCGAAGCUCAGCCAGGAUCGCAGACUUCAAGAGGAUGUUUUUGGGUGGAUUCAGAAGGAGCUUAAGGGACAUGCGGAAACCAUUGCUUGA